CUUCCUCCGGGCGCAGCGGAAGUUCGUCGCUGGCGGCCGCCGUGAUGGCGGCGCCGAAGGUGAAGCAGGACAUGGCCCCUCCGGGCGGCUACGGCCCCAUCGACUACAAACGGCACCUCCCGCGCCGAGGCUUCUCAGGGUACAGCCUGUUCGCGCUGGGCAUCGGCAGCCUCUUGGUGGGCUACUACACCCUCAUCAAGUGGAACCGGGAGCGCAGGCGGCUGCUCAUCGAGGAGCUGGAGUCCCGGAUCGCUCUGAUGCCGCUGCUGCAGGCGGAGUCAGACCGAAGGACCCUUCGGCUGCUGCGGCAGAACCUGGACGAGGAGGCCAAGAUCAUGAAGGAUGUUCCUGGCUGGAAGGUGGGUGAGUCCCUGUUCCACACCGACCGCUGGGUCCCCCCAACUCUGGAGGAACUCUACUACCUGCGACCCACUGCUGAGCUGGAGAACGAGCAGUUUGGGCUGCAGUUCUAUGUCUGAGCCCACCCUGGUGCUGCCCAGGCUACUGGUGGCUACUGGUGGCCCCAGGGCUGUGCCCAACGUUUGGGGUGGGGGUUGGUGAUUGCCUUGUGUCACCCGUUCCUGUGUCUGCUAUUAAAACCAGGUGGAUCCGUGGUGAAGGA